AUGGAUGAGCAUUUCUCUAUCAUUCCAUCAGAUAAGCAAUACAGAAUUCCAAAGGACACUCUGAAAUCGAGAUCUCACCGAACCUCUUUGCCCAGAGAUUUAUACUUGGAGAUCAAACAAGCAAUUGACACCCACUUGAGAAUUGCAUCUGAUUAUUCAAACAAAAUUACAAAGUACCUUGACAAAAAGUAUAAGGAUCAAGUUGUUGCUGAUAAUGCUGAUGAAGAGGAGGAAGAGGUUGCUGAUCGAAUGGUUGAGGAGGAGGAAGAGAAUACUGAAGAACCAGCAGAGGAAGAAGAAGCUACUGAUGAUGGCAAUGAGGUCGAGGAGGAUAGCGAAGAAGGUUAUUGA